AUGGCUUCGCGUCGUACCCGGUCAAACUAUUCAUCUCCACUGAGAAGGGAUAUGACAGAGGAGAAAGAUGAAAAGAUAGUCCCAAAUCUGCCUAAGAGUGUGGAGUUCCUGUCCAUGAUGACAAGUAUAGCCUCUCACGUUGUAAAGGCACUUCUCGACUUGGGUCACUCCGUAAGGACAACUGUUAGAGACUCCUCAGAUGAAGAGAAAGUUAGGUUUUUGUGGGAGUUGAAAGGAGCAAAAGAAAGGCUAAAGAUUUUCGAAGCCGAUCUAACGGUGGAGGGAAGCUUUGAUGAAGCAAUCAAAGGUGUUGAUGGAGUCUUCCACAUCGCCUCUCGUGUUACCCUUUGUGUGGACAGCAAUGAUCUGGAGAAGUUGGUCGAUCGAGAUAUAAAUGGAACAAGGAACUUGAUGAACUCUUGCGAGAAAUCAAGAAACACUGUGAAGAGGAUUGUACUCACAUCUUCUUCGACCGCUGUCCGGUACCGUUAUGACGCCACAGAAGCCUCUCCACUUAACGAAUCACAUUAUAGCGAUCUUGACUACAGCAAAAGCUUCAAAAAAUGA